AUGACUAUGACCGAAAAGCUCUCAGCAUCCAGGAAAUCAUGGUUGCAAGUUGGGAUGCGCGGAGCAUUCCUCAAGGGCACGGGGGGGCCUGGUGCCCCCCAUGUGUUUUCCUUUCAGCGCGCCAGUGAUCUUUGCAAUGAAGGCCACAACCUUGAUGUUGUGGACAGCCAAUUUUGGCGCAGGCGGCAGUUGGCUUCAGAUCACCCAGACAAUGUCAUUUUGCGGACCAAACAGUACAUAUCGGACCCUCACUACAAGGACCAUUGGUUGCUGUACAUGCCUGCUUGCGUGGCAGCUGCAAUGGCGGCCUCGCAACCUGAAGGCGUGCCAGUGGCUAAUUCAUCUUGUCCAAGCAGCCUGCAAAGUUUCAGGCCAUUCCGUUUCAAGGACGAGGAGAAAGCAAUGAGUAUCCAUGCCCCCGAGGAGGUUUUUGCUCAGAAAAGUCGGCGGGCAAGUGGUCCUUUGCCAACCUUAGACCGGGACCCAACCUUGGCACCAUGGAAUCCUUGA